UAUCGGUGUGGAAAGGUGUGAUGUGUAUUUAGUAUUCAUAGAUCGAUUCACAUAAUAAUGUCGAUAAAACUAGAAGGUACCAAAAAAAGCAUUAAUAUAGUAUAAAACUCUUUGCCACUUAUAAAUAUGAUUCUAUCAUAGUACCAUUUUAUUCUCCUAAACUUCUUCUUCUUCUUCUUUGGUCUUUGUCUCUCUCUCUCUCUUUCUUCCACAUUGAUUCUUGAGGGGAAGAUCUCUAAAUACCAAAGUGAAAACGGUCAAUCAAGUAAAUGGGAUUAUAUUCACUAAUCACAGGGAGAAGAGGACCUAGUGGGUUUGGUUCAGCUUCAACAGCUGAAGAGGUUACUCAAGGGAUUGAUGCAACUCAUCUCACUGCAAUCAUCACAGGAGGAACAGGAGGGAUAGGGUUGGAGACAGCAAGAGUACUGUCGAAGAGAGGUGCUCAUGUGGUGAUUGGUGCACGAAACAUGAGAGCUGCAGAAAACGCCAAAACGGAGAUACUCAGACAAAACGCAAACGCACGUGUCACUCUUCUCCACUUGGAUCUCUCUUCCUUCAAAUCCAUCAAAGCCUUUGUUCGUGAAUUUCAUGCCCUCCAUCUCCCUCUCAAUCUCCUCAUAAACAAUGCAGGAGUAAUGUUCUGUCCAUACCAACUCUCUGAAGAUGGAAUUGAGUUGCAGUUUGCUACAAAUCACAUUGGUCAUUUUCUGUUGACAAACUUGCUCUUAGACACAAUGAAGAGCACAGCUAAAACCAGUGGUGUUGAAGGAAGGAUUUUGAAUUUAUCAUCAGUAGCUCAUAUCUAUACUAACCAAGAAGGAAUCCAGUUCGACAGCAUCAAUGAUAUUUGCAGUUACUCUGAUAAACGAGCUUAUGGACAAUCAAAACUAGCCAAUAUAUUGCACGCGAAUGAGCUCUCCCGUCAAUUUCUGGAAGAAGGAGUAAACAUAACAGCAAAUUCAGUUCACCCUGGUCUCAUUCUCACCAAUCUCUUCCAACACACUGCUCUUUUAAUGAGAUUCUUGAAGUUCUUCAGCUUCUACUUGUGGAAAAAUAUACCUCAGGGAGCAGCUACAACAUGUUAUGUUGCUUUGCAUCCAAAUGUGAAGGGAGUAACAGGAAAGUACUUUGCAGACUGCAACGAAGUGACUCCAAGCAAACUUGCUAGAGAUGAGACUUUGGCACAGAAACUCUGGGAUUUCAGCGUUAAGCUAAUCAACUCUGUUUCUAAAAAGAACUACUUGGGCUUUGAUGAAACUACUUAAAAAUUAACCAAGAUGUCCUUGUUGUUGUUACUCAAGAGUGAAGAAAAGGCAGAGAUAGGGGGAUGUACAUCGUACCUUGUUUCGUUCCACCCUAGGCAUUAAUAUAUGCCAAAAUUAUCGAGUGAUUAUGUAACGGUAUUAAUUAAUCUUUUAAUAGUAUAUGGACAAUAUAUAAAGAAGAGUUGUUCAUCACUU